AUGUAAAGUUUAGCUGGUAAUAAGGAAGCAAUAGAGAAGGAACUGAGUUUGGAGAGAGUGGCAAAGGAUGGUUUAAAAAAAGAGAUUUUGCAGAUAACUAAUUAGCAAAAGAUAAAGGAUAUGGAACUUAGAAAUGAAAUUUCUUUAAAGAGUUCAGAAAUCAUUAAAUUAAAUAAAGAAGCAGAGAGAUUGGAUGGACUAUUCAAGUAAGCCACAUUGGAACUUAAAAGAAUCAAUGAGUAGAAUGAAGAUCUAAGAUUGAUUGAUGAUUUCCAAUUAAAGGAGAAGGAUUUGGAGAUAUCCAAAUUUAAGUAAAUAGAAAUUGAACUGAAGAAUAGAAUCUAAUAAUUGCAAAAAUAACUAUCAAAUUAAGAGUGGUAAUUAUCAUAGGAGAAUAUUAAAUUGAAGCAGUAAGUUAAAGAUCUUAAUAAUGAUGUGAGUAUAUUGAAUACAAGAGUCAACAUGUUGAAAACUCAAAAUAAGGAUGAAUCAGAGAGAUUCCAAGAAUUGUUAUAGUCCCAUGAUGUUGAAUUGUAGAGUUGGGCAGACAGAUACAAGGAUUAGUCAUAACAAAUUGAAACCAUGGCAUAACAACUAUUUGCAGCUCAACAAUAGAACAAGUAUAAAGAAUAGCUUAUCUUUGAAUAUGAUAAGUUAAAGCAAGAAUUUGAUUUGCUCAACAGAUAAUACUAAUCGUUGCAGGAGAAUAGUUUAAGGAAUAGUAAUAUUAAGGAAAAUGCUAAAAAUGUGGAAAUGCAGUAAUUGCAAGAGCAUUACGAAUAAUAGGUGGUAUAAUUGUAAAAGGAAAUUGAUUUUAUGAGAGAUAAUAAGGUCAACCUAAGAUAAGAUGCAUCAGUAAUUGACUUUAGUGUGCAGAUCACUGCAUUAAAUGAUCAAUUAGUUAAGAAGAACAACGAAAUCACAAAUAUCAGAAUGUAAGCAAAUAGGACAAUCAUGGAAAAGGAUAAUCAAAUAAUCUUAUUGCAAGAACAAUUAGAGUAAUUGAUAUCAAAGGUUGAUAUUAUCGAAAACAAUCAAAACGAUUAGGCUGAAGCAAUUGAGAAGGCAGAGAACUUGGAAUUGAUUAUGAACGAAAAAGAUAAGUUUAUCGUUUAAUUAAAGGAAGAACUUCAGAAUUGUAAAGAUUAGAUCCUGGAAAUGGAGGAACAAUUGAAAAUUAGAUAAAAUUCAUUGGAUAUGAUACAAUAAUAAGCCUCCUUAAUUUCAGAACUUAAAUCUUAAGUAGAGAGGAGAUAAAUAGAAAAUCAAACUGGGGUACAACCAAAACCGGUUCAAUAAUGUUUUACUAAGAGUAUCAGAAGUUCAACUCAUAGGAUGAGUGGAAAGAAAAGUCAAAAUAUUGAAGAGUCUCAAAAGGAAAUCAUUUCUUAUGUGUAAAAAGUAACUGAUGUCUCAUUCAAAUAACAAUCAAAUCAACAAAUUAUUUCAAUUGUGAAUCCUCAAAUAAGUGAAACUAAAUAGAUAUUGAGACAAUCAUAAGAAGAAUUAUAGCAAAGAAAUCUAUUAAACUAAUCAAUUAUGGUCUUGUAGUAGGAAUUAAAGCAAGUCAAAUUAAAUUUAUCAAAUGAGUAAUAAGCCUCAAGUCAAUUAAGAUUUGAAUUAUCUUAAGCCAAUGCCAAAAUUGAAUAAUUGUAACUUGAACAAUCCUAACUCAAAAAUAAAUCACAAUAAAAUGAUUCUAUCAAUGUUGAUCGACUAAAUACAAUGAGUAUGAAAACGUAUGAGUCCAACAUGCAAAGUUUGAAAUCUGAAAAGUAAGACUUGUAAUAAAAAUUAAUUGAGUAAGAAUAGUAAUUUACUACUUUCACAUCCAGAAUAAAUGAACUUUAGAAUGAAAUCAAAAAGCAGAAAGAAUAAAUCUAAUAAUUGAAUGAUUCAGAAAAUUAAAAAGAAAAUUAGAUCUUUGAAUAUAAAAGCAUCAUUGAUCGAUUGCAAAAUAAUCUAAAAUCUGAAUAAUCGAUUGUCAGAUAAAAGCAAUCUGAAGUGAAAUAGAUUACUUAUCAAUAAGAACAAAUCUAGUAGAUGCUCUAAUAAGAGUAUUAGGAGAUUAAGAAAAACAAUAAUGAACUAUCCUAAUAGAAAUUGAAAUUGGAGUUAGAGAUCUAAGAAUUAAAAUCUCAGUUGCAAUAAUCAUAAGUUAACUAGCAAUUUUAUGAGUCUAAAAUUACGAAAUUGAACUCAGAGAUACUCUUAGUUAGGGAGAAACUUGGAAAAUUUGAACAAAAAACAAUUUAAAUUGAGUAGACUAAGACUUAAAGCAGUUAAAAUAGUGACUAAUUAUAAUCGCAAUUUUAACAGCAGAUACAAGAGUUAACAAGUAAAUUAGAAAGGUAGUAAUAAUUAAGUAAUUUAAAUCAAUAGGAGUUAAAUAAUCAAUUAUAGAUUCUUAAAGAAUAAUAUUAAGAUACCAUUUUCAAGUUUGAGAACAGUUAAGAAUAGGUUAAAUUGUUAUAAAAUAGUCUUGCACAAUAAAAGUAACAAUAUCUGAAUGAUAUGAAUGAGAAUGCUUAGAUGCUUUCAAUUACAAAUCAAGAAAAUUAAAAUCUGAAAAUAUAGAUUGAACACUUAAAUCAACAAUUGAGUGCCUACAAAGAAUCUAAUACAAAUGUUCAGAAGUGGCAGAGUCAAGUAGAUUAAUUGCAAAAAUAAUUACGCGAAGAUAAACUACAAUAACAAGAUUUGAAUAACCAAUUGCAAAAUUAAUUGUUUUAGUUUCAACAAUCCAAGCGAGAAUGGCAAGACCUAAUAUAGAGGUUACAGGAAGAUAACAAUCAGCUACAAGCAAAUCUCAACAGAGUUCUUACAGCCAGAUCAGAAAAGGAGUAGAUUGACAACUAUACACACUAAUAAAACUAAAAUAUUUAGAUAACAACCAAUACUAUCAAGACUUAGUUCAUGAGUAAUACGUCGGGGAUGUCAUCAGAGAAGAUAUUAAUUGAAUUACAGAUAGCUUAAGAAGAAAAUGUCAAAUUGAUUAGUUAAUUGUAAGUGCUUCAGUUGAACAACAAAUAGUUAAACAAAGAGAUAUAAGAUUUUGAUGAAAAGCAAAGGCAAUUAGAAAAUAGAUACAAGGAAUAAUACUUGAGAAUUCAAUUAGAGCACGACCUCUCAUUUAAAAAGAUUGAAUAGGAAAAUGUGAAACUAAUUAGCUAAGUGGAGGUUUAUUAGAAAAAGUAAUAGCAAUAAGAAAUUUUAAUUGAUGAUUACAUAGCAUAGAUUGAAAAGUUGAAUAUCAUCAACAAUCAACUAUAAUCGUAGUUAUUAUUGGUGUAAAAGGACAACUCCAAUUUUUACAAGGACUAAGAUAAAUAGAUCUAUAGGUUGAGUGAAAUCAAUUAACAAUUAUUAACUUAAAUAACACAAUUAAAUAAUUAGAAGAAUACAGAUCAAUUGCAAAUUAAAGAUUUGAUAGUUAUUAAGUAGACAUUGGAAGAACAAUUGAGUUAACAUUCAGAGGAAAUAUUUUCUUUGAAUGAAAGACUUAAAGAUCUAUCUGAUUAAAAUACUCAAUUAACUCAUAUGAACUCAGGAUAUCUAAAUUAGAUAACUGGAUUGUAAGCUUAGUUAUCUGAAUUGUAAAUCAAAUUCACUCAAAAUAUCUAUGAAAACAAACCAAGAUUUAGUGAUCAAUAACCUAGAUAGUCCACCUCGAGCAAUAGUAGGCAAAUUGAAGAAUUGAACAACAAGAUUAUUAGUCUAAAUAAUUAAGUCAAUAUUUUGAAUCAAUAAAAAUCUUAAAUUUAGUAAGAAUUGAUUUCAGUGAGAAAACAAUUACAAAAUGAGUAGGAUGACAGAUUUUCAUAGCAAUCUCGAUAAAAUAGAUCCAAUUAAUAUAAAGUAGCAAGUGAAAUGGAGGAAAGAAUUAGGUAAUUGUAACAACAACUGGAGGAGGAGAAACUAGGAAAAUUUAGUAAUAAUAGUGAAGUUGAAUUGAAAAACAAAUAAAUCAUGAUUUUAGAAUAGAACAAUAAAAAAUUAUAAUAAUAAUUGGAAUAAUUGAAUCUAUAAAUUGAAGAGGAGAAAUCUCUACUUUAUAAAGAGAUUGAUUAGUUGUCUGAAUAGAAUAAACGAACAAAACAAUUAAAGACUUCUGAGUAUGAUAUCGAAUUCAGAAAUUCAGUUAAAUAAAGCGAAAGUCUUAAGUAGGAAUUACUGUAAGCCAAUCAAACCAUUAAGAAGUAGUAGAGUCGUAUCGCAACUUUGGAAGAUUAGAUUACUAAAUAAAAUAAUGGAUCAAUUGAUAUGGAUAGAUAAAAUAGAUUUAUUCUAGAGUUAGAGGAGAAGCUUAAAGGAAAUCAACGUAAAUAUGAAAUUGAAAUUAAAGAAUUAAAAAAUGAUAAGCAAUCUCUCAAUUAAUAGUUAGAAAAGGCUCAAUAUGAGUUACAAGAAAUUAAAUCUAAAUAUCAUAUUGAAUUAGAAAAAACAGAAUAGAAAUUAUAGAAAGAAAACCAGCGAUUCUCUUUGUAAUUAAAUGAUAAAGCAGCUUAUUUGAGUCAAUUAGAAGUGAAAAAUAGAUAGUUGAAAGAGGAAAUUCUGAAUUAAUAAGAAAGAUACGAUGAGAAAUUAAGAUAAGCUAACGAGAGAAUCAAAGAAGUGACUGAGGAUUUAGAGAUAAUGAUUGAUAAUUAUAAGAAGGAAAAGCAAUUAAGUUAAAAAUGGGAGAGAUAGAAUGAAGAUCUACGUAGAUAAUUACAAUCUUCAGUUGAUGAUGUUAAGAUAAAGACUGAAAGAUUGAGUGUGGAAAAAUAUGAAAGGAUGUCUUUAGAUAGUAGAAAAUAGAUUGAGCAAGUUUAAUAAUAGUUAAAUAAUGAGAUAAAUGGAUUGAAAUAAGAUAUUAGAUUAAAAAAUGAGUAAAUCAAUUAGUUAAAAUCUACUAAUUAAUCUCUUUAAUAAAAGUUGAGUAAAUUUGAAACUUAUAUUCGGGAUUUGGAAGAUUAAUUAUAAUAGUUUUCAAAUAAAGAAGAGUAAUUAUUGAGAGAUUUGAAUUAAUCAAAAAAUUAAUCUUUAGCAGAUUCCUUAAAUGUGAAGGUAAUGGCAUUAGAAAACAAUUUAGUUAAAGCAUAACAAAGAGAAGAUUAAUUAUUACAAAAAAUAAGAUAAUUAGAAAAUUAAUAAAAUUCAUUUCGAAAUAAUUCUGAUUAUAGAAAUUUAGAAGUCAAAAACAAUAAUAUGUUUGAGGAAAUCUAGAUUUUAGUUUAGACAAUUAAAAACUAAGAUCAAGAGAUUGCUACUUUGAAAAAUGAAUUAACUUCCUAUCAAAGAGAAGUGUCAUUUAUGAAAGAGGUUGUUAAGGAAGACACUAGUAGAUUAGAGACAUCUUCAGUUUUAGAUGAUAAAAACAGAAGAAUAGUGGAAUUAGAGAAUAAGUGUGCAUUACUUGCUAAUGAGAACACUAGACUCAAUUAACUAAAAGUGAAGUAGGUUGAUGAAUGGAAAGUAAAAUAUGAUAAAUUACAAUAAGAAUUAGAGAAGAGUUUAAAUAUGAAAGGUUGGGAUGAUCAAUCAAGAAAUAUUGUAAUGUCUAGCAAUUUUGGAUACUUAUCAAAUGUUAAAUGA